ACUCGAAGUGGUCAUAGCCGUCAAUGGCGUUAUUCAAAUCAAAGCUUCGCAUAUCGCACUCCAUCUUUCCUUUCUCUCAACUUACUCUUAAACCCUUCUGUGCUUCAUCUUCUUCUCCCUCCAUUGAAACCUCACUGUCUCAUCUCCAAGAAGAUGACUUAAACGACGAUGAUGAAAAAGCCGUAUCCACCCCAACUGCUGCUCUUUCUCUUGAAGAAAGCAUAGUAGCAGACAAAUUCCACUCUCUAAUCAAAGACCAUCACUGCAAGAACCCAAAUUCUGACUCCGCCACCCCAUCUCUUUCCGUUGAUUUCUCCCAAAUCCUUACCGUCCAUUCCGUCUCCAUUUCCUCCUCCAUCGUCCGCCACGUAAUCGAGAAAUGCGGUGCCGUCCGCCAUGGUAUCCCGGUCGUCCAGGCCGGCGCUUUCUUCAACUGGGCUACUGGUACAGAUGGGUUCGUCCACUCCUCCGAGCCCUACAAUGAGAUGGUGGAUCUCGCUGGCAAGGUAAGGAAAUUCGAUUUGGCAUGGCAUAUAAUCGAUUUAAUGAAAGCUAGAAAUGUCGAAAUUACUACCAAGACUUUCUCCAUUCUUAUUCGCCGGUACGUCCGGGCUGGAUUGGUUGCAGAAGCUGUCCAUGCAUUUAACCGUAUGGAGGACUAUAAUUGCAAGCCUGAUAAGAUUGUCUUUUCAACUUUGAUUAGUUAUCUAUGUAGGAAGAGAAAAGCUAGCGAAGCUGAGUCCUUUUUUAAUAGUUUAAAGGACAAAUUUGAGCCUGAUGUCAUUUUGUACACCAACUUGGUCCGUGGGUGGUGCCGGGCCGGAAAUAUAUCGGAGGCUGAAAGGAUAUUUAGAGAAAUGAAAAUGGCUGGCAUUAAGCCUAAUGUGUAUACAUACAGUAUAGUCAUUGAUGGUUUGUGUAGAUGUGGGCAAAUUACCCGGGCUCAUGAUGUUUUAUCAGAUAUGCUUAAGGCUGGAUGUGAACCAAAUGCUGUAACUUUUAAUAAUCUUAUGAGAAUUCACGUUAAAUCUGGCAGGACUGAGAAAGUUUUGCAAAUCUAUAAUCAAAUGAAGAGGCUUGGAUGCACUUCUGAUACUAUUACUUAUAAUUUUAUUAUAGAGACACACUGUAAGGAUAAGAAUCUUGAUGAUGCUAUUAAAGUGCUCAAUUCGAUGGUUAAGAAAGGGUGUAAGCCAAAUGCUUCUACUUUCAAUUCUUUAUUCGGAUGCAUUGCAACGUUACAAGAUGCGAAUGCAGCUCGUAGAAUGUAUGACAAUAUGAAGGAGCUGAAGUGUAAGCCCAAUGCAAUGACUUACAAUAUCCUGAUGCGAAUGUUUGCUGGGUCGAAAUCAACUGAUAUGGUUCUGAAGUUGAAGAAGGAAAUGAAUGAGAAUGAUGUCCAGGCUAAUUUAAAUACCUACCAGGUUCUGAUUUCAAUGUUUUGUCAAAUGGGGCAUUGGAAUAAUGCCUACAAAUUUUUAACAGAGAUGAUAGAGAAGUCCCUGAAACCAAGCCCGCAAAUUUACGAGAUGGUUCUGCAGCAGCUGAGCAAGGCUGGGCAGUUCAAGAAGCGUGAAGAUUUGGUACAGAAGAUGGAAGAAGCUUUGCAUUCUGCACCCAUUAGUUAAAUUAGGUGAUCUUCAUCUCUUUUUGUAGCUUAAUUUCUUAUUACCAUAUACUUUGUUAUUUGAUUAUCAAGGCCAUAAUUUUUUAUAUCAUAGCAAGACUUUAUAACAUUAUGGACAUCUUGUGAACUGAUUUUUGAUAAUUCUCUCACACGAUUUGAAGAAUCAAAUUUCUAUAGUUGUUCA